AUGGACAAUCAAGGUCGUAAAGUGGUAGUGUGUGAUAAUGGGACCGGGUUUGUCAAGUGUGGCUAUGCUGGUUCUAACUUUCCUUCCCAUAUUUUCCCAUCACUGGUUGGCCGUCCUAUCAUUAGGGCAACUACUAAAGUGGGAAACAUUGAAGUCAAAGACUUGAUGGUGGGAGAAGAAGCCAGUGCUCUUCGCUCGAUGUUGGAGGUAAAAUAUCCAAUGGAGAAUGGUAUUGUACGUAAUUGGGAAGACAUGCUACAUGUGUAUGAUUAUACAUUUGGCCGUGACAAAAUGAACAUUGACCCCCACAACAGCAAAAUUUUGCUUACAGAACCACCCAUGAAUCCAAUGAAAAAUAGAGAGAAGAUGGUGGAAGUGAUGUUUGAAAAAUACCAAUUCCAUGGUGUAUACAUUGCUAUUCAAGCUGUUUUAACGUUAUAUGCACAAGGUUUGCAAACUGGUGUUGUUGUUGAUUCCGGUGAUGGUGUCACUCACAUCUGUCCUGUGUUUGAAGGGUUCUCACUUCCUCAUCUCACACGACGUUUGGACAUUGCUGGCAGAGAUAUCACUAAGUAUCUCAUCAAACUUUUACUAUUGAGAGGAUAUGCCUUUAAUCAUUCGGCUGACUUUGAAACUGUACGCAUCAUGAAAGAGAAACUGUGUUAUGUGGCCUAUGAUGUGGAGCAGGAACAAAGAUUGGCCCUUGAGACAACUGUACUUGUGGAGUCAUACACACUUCCUGACGGCCGGAUAAUAAAAGUUGGUGGUGAAAGAUUUGAAGCACCUGAGGCAUUGUUCCAACCACAUCUCAUCAAUAUUGAGGGUGUUGGAGUGGCAGAGCUUUUAUUCAAUACAAUUCAGGCAGCCGAUAUUGAUACUCGAUCAGAAUUUUACAAACACAUUUCGCUUGGAAAGGGAACUAAAACAGCUCUAUCUGGAGAGAGUACUGAAGGGAGAUACAUCGAAACUUUCGAAAUUCAAGAUUCGCAUAGAAGACCCCCCUCGUAG